AUGUCAUCAUCGUCCAGUUCAUCAGAGUCAUCGCCUAAUUUAUCGCGGUCUAACUCACUGGCUAACACGAUGGUUUCCAUGAAAACAGAAGAUCAUAAGGGAUUGUACGACCAUAGGCAGCACCCUGACUCACUGCCGGUUCGUCACCAACCCCCGGCAUUGAAGAAAGAGGAAAUUGCCAAGAUCUCUAAACCUACUACUCCUAAGGAGCAGAAGGGUGCAACGAGAUACAAUAGUCAUGUGGAAGUGGGAAGCGCACCCACUAGGGGUCGCAUGGAUUUUGAAGACGAAGUACCGGAUUUGGAUGAAGCGGUCGCUCAUCAUCAAUUGAGAGCAUCUGCCAUUUUAACUUCUAACGCGAGGCCUUCCAGACUAGCCCACUCUAUGCCACACCAAAGGCAGCUUUAUGUAGAGAGUAAUACGCAUCCCUCACCAAAGGAUGUAGGUGUGAAGAGAGACUAUACCAUGUCGCCUUCUGGCGCAUCAUUAGGUAGCAAAUCCAAGAUGAGUGCAUCUUCCUCGGCAAGCCCUAUUACGAAGGUGCGAAAACCUUCACUAGUCAAUCCGGUUCUUGAAAUUCCACACGAAUCGAAAUCAGAUACACAUUCUAAGCUAGGUAAGCCCAAGAAGAGGACGUAUUCCACAACAUCUGCGCAUUCAUCUAUUAAUCCCGCAGUUUUACUGACGAAAAGCACAUCUCAAAAGUCGGAUGCAGAAGAUGAUACACUGGAAAGGAAACCGGUACGUAUGAACACUAGAGCCUCUUUUGAUAGUGACGUAUCACAGGCGUCGAGAGACUCGCAAGAGACGGAGGAAGAUGUUUGUUUCCCUAUGCCCCCACAACUGCAUACUAGAGUUAACGGUAUAGAUUUCGAUGAGCUAGAAGAGUACGCUCAGUUUGCAAACGCGGAGAAAAGUCAAUUCUUGGCAAGUCUCCAAGCCCCCAACGAACAGAAGUAUAGUAAUGUUUCUCAGGAUAUAGGAUUUACUAGCUCCACUUCAACUUCCGGUUCCUCAGCGGCCCUGAAAUAUACACCAAGAGUUUCGCAGACUGGUGAAAAGAGUGAGAGUACUAAUGAGACAGAUAUCCAUGAGAAGAAGGAAGAGGAGCUUGAGGAAAGUAAGCCUGGUUUACGUCCUGGUAUAUCUUUUGGUAAAAAUAAGGUUGAAGGGGAAGAGAAUGAAAACAUUCCUCCUCAUGACCCAGCAUACUACUCAUACCAGAGUACAGAUUUUCAAAUUCCCAAUAGAUUUUCAUUUUUUUGUUCAGAAUCUGAUGAAACUGUACAUGCUAGUGAUAUCCCUUCUUUAGUGUCCGAGGGGCAGACGUUUUAUGAAUUAUUCAGGGGGGGUGAGCCAACGUGGUGGUUAGAUUGUAGCUGUCCGACUGACGAUGAAAUGCGUUGCAUAGCAAAGGCGUUUGGUAUUCAUCCGUUAACAGCAGAGGAUAUUAGAAUGCAGGAAACUCGUGAGAAAGUCGAACUUUUCAAAUCAUAUUACUUUGUUUGUUUUCAUACCUUCGAAAAUGAUAAAGAAUCAGAGGAUUUCUUGGAGCCUAUUAACGUUUACAUUGUUGUUUGCAGGUCAGGUGUAUUGACCUUCCAUUUUGGCCCAAUAUCCCAUUGUGCUAAUGUCAGAAGACGUGUAAGACAAUUGCGUGACUAUGUCAAUGUCAAUUCAGAUUGGUUAUGUUAUGCUUUAAUCGAUGACAUCACAGAUAGUUUCGCUCCGGUAAUUCAAUCUAUUGAAUAUGAAGCUGAUGCAAUUGAAGAUUCCGUAUUCAUGGCUCGUGACAUGGAUUUCGCAGCCAUGCUACAAAGGAUCGGUGAAAGUAGGCGUAAGACAAUGACGUUGAUGAGACUUCUUAGUGGUAAGGCCGAUGUUAUCAAAAUGUUUGCCAAAAGGUGCCAGGAUGAAGCUAAUGGAAUUGGGCCAGCUCUAACAUCACAAAUAAAUAUUGCUAACUUACAAGCAAGACAAGAUAACUCCAACCAUAUCAAAAAUAACAAUUAUCCAACUGUACCAAAUAAUUAUGCUCCUACCACAUCACAACCGAGGGGAGAUAUCGCUUUAUAUUUAGGCGAUAUUCAAGAUCAUUUAUUGACGAUGUUUCAAAAUUUGCUGGCGUACGAAAAGAUUUUUUCUAGAUCUCAUACAAACUACUUAGCUCAAUUGCAAGUGGAAUCAUUCAAUUCUAAUAAUAAAGUCACAGAAAUGUUAGGUAAAGUUACCAUGAUAGGUACAAUGUUAGUUCCAUUAAAUGUUAUCACUGGUCUUUUCGGUAUGAAUGUUACAGUACCAGGACAGGAUUCUAGUAUUGCGUGGUGGUUUGGGAUAUUGGGUGUGCUGCUUUUGCUGGCGGUCCUAGGUUGGUUCUUGGCUAGCUAUUGGAUUAAGAGAAUAGAUCCCCCUGCGACGCUUAACGAAGCUGCGGAAAGUGGAGCUAAAUCGGUUAUCUCUAGUUUCUUACCGAAAAGAAACAAGAGGUUCAAUGAUCGUUCCAAAAAUCUAAAUGUGAGAGCCGGCCCUUCAAAUAAAUCAGUUGCAAGUCUUCCUAGUAGAUAUAGCCGCUACGACUGA